UAUAUUAUAAUUCACUUUCUUUCCCCCAACUGGCUCGGCUAGCUGCUUGAACAACGUCAAAGAGACAACGUAAAAAUGGAGGAAGUAGAUGCAGCAGCCUCCACGGAGAGACAAGAAUGGAAUCGAAGUUUAAGCAGAAAGGCUUCAUCUUCAUCGUUUCGUCUACGGACGUCACCAAGUCUCAACUCUCUCCGUCUCUGUCGUAUCUUUGACAUUUUUGACAAGAAUGGCGACGGUAUGAUCACCGUUGAAGAGCUCCAUAAGGCCAUUAGCCUUCUGGGUUUAGACGCUGACUUACCCGAGUUAGAAUCCCUCGUUGCUUCAUAUAUAGAACCGGGCAACGACGGGCUUAAGUUUGAAGAUUUUGUAAGGCUUCACCAUUCCUUGGAUGAGACAUUGUUUAGAUGGGAAGAAGAAGAAGAAGAUAGUGAAGAUAAGAGUGAGAGGACGAGCGGCGAAGCGAAGAUGUCGCAGGAGGAGUCUGAUUUAGCAGAGGCGUUUAAGGUGUUUGAUGAAGACGGAGAUGGGUUCAUUUCUGCAGAUGAAUUGCAGGUAGUUUUGGGGAAACUAGGAUUCUCUGAAGGGAAUGAGUUUGCAAAAGUUCAACAAAUGAUCAUGUCCGUUGACCGAAACGACGAUGGUCGAGUUGAUUUCUGUGAGUUCAAGAACAUGAUGCAGGGUGUUCUUGUUCGGAGUUCUUAAUUUGUUGUUGAUGAUUCUGUCUCUCUCUCUCAGUUAUUUGCUUCGUAAGAUCGUUGUUGUUGUUGUUAAUGGUGAUCUGAUUUUGAGUUUUGUAAUUGAAAAUCAUCUCAUUGCCAUUGAUGGAUGAUCUUGUGUAUGUGUCAUUUCAUUGCAAAUGAUAAAUUUUUGGUGACCAA